AUGUGGGACAAAAAGGUUAUGCACCCUGAUGAGGGACAUAUCGUACGCGGUGCAAUGAGCUACAAGAACAAGGUCGUCAGUGACAGUAUGAUCCCAGUCGACAAACUCUUUUCACUUUGGGAUAUCCUUUUUUUCCACGUUAGCAGUUUUGUUUUGUGGCGAUGUAGUUAUGUACAAUACUCAAUUCAGCACGUGCUCGGGCUGAUCUACAAUCAAGGAUAUAGCCGCAUUCCCGUGUGGAAUAAGGAUCUGAACGACGUGCGCAUCGUAUCUGGCUCGACGCAAAACUGGGUGAGGUGCUGA